AGGAUGAUGCGGUGGAAGGAAGAAGUCGAGUUGCUGCAGGAAGAAAUGCGCCAUGUUCUCCAAUUUCUCCAAUGGCAUGCACUCUGGUGGGACAAUAUAGCUCAUUUGUGCACUCUCUUGGGGGCUAAAAAGGAAGGGGUAGUUGCCUAUGCCACUCGCCAGGCUCAGAUAUGUCAUAACCUUGGCUCUAAGUUCGAGGCUUCUUGGGCACAGCAUCUUACUGUCAUCACCUGUGAGGUGUCUUCUGACCCAUUGGCAUUGGCUCUUCCUGAUCUUUGUAUACCAGAGCUACAGGCUCCUCUUUGA